CUUUUUCAUGGCCUACCAUGCUUGAGCUUGAUCUCCUUCUUAUUACUCCGUGAUUGCUGUGGAAUGAGAAUUUACAUCCAUCACCAUGCCAACGAAUUGCGCCGCAUAUCGCUGUAGUAAUAACAGCAAUAAAGGUUAUGCGUGUUUUCAAUUUCCGUCAGAUGUAAUUCUUCGCAAAAAAUGGGCAGCCGCUCUUGAAAAUAACUUUGUUUGGCGACCCACAGCUUCUCACCGAGUUUGUGAGGUACAUUUUGAUCGAAAGGAUAUAUCGUUUACCGCUGGACGGAAACAAUUAUGUAAAGGUGCCGUACCACGUUAUUUCUGUACGUGUCCGUAUAGGACAAAUAGGAAGAAAUCCACAAAGCAACACGACCAUAUAUAUUCUAUGAAGCGACUUGAAACUACAGAACGUGUAUAUUCGCAAGAUGCAGCAAAGAAAUUACAGGUCCGAUCGAAUACUUUGCCACAUUCUUAUGUAUUUAAUGAACACAAUUAUUGUGCUGAUAAAAGGAAUAAAAUAUAUUCAUUUGCGCAUGCCGAUGAUUGCCCAUUAUUGAAGGAUCCGAUGUUUACAAAUAAACAAUUACUGACAAUUGUUAAUAUCAAAUAUGAAUAAAAAUCAAAAUAAAUUAAACACGGAUAUUAGUCAUAAUAAAUUUGAUACAAAUUCAACACAAGCUACAAUGUCCAAGAUAGAGGCUUUGCUAACAGACAAUGAAAAUCUGAAGUUAAAUGAAACAUGUGUAAUUCAAGCCAGCAUAAAUGCUCUAAAUAAAUAAAGCCAAAAUAAAUGCUCUAAAUGCUAAACUAAAAGAAAUUGUUGCUCAAAAUAAAGUUUUAAAGCAACAACUUAAGGAACUCACUCAACAGACUAAUAAUUCAUCAGCUGGGGCAAAUUAACAUCAAGACCAUAUAAAUAUUCUGAUGAAUUCGUUAUAAAAGGACUAAAUCUCUGGACUGGAUGUGGUACAACCAUCGACAUAUAGUACUGAGUAAUAUGGUUUCUACGUAUAUUUUAUGUAAGACUAAUACUUUGAGUACAGAUGUGUCACAGGGCCCUUGAUUACAUGAUUCACUACUACCCAAACAUCGUUCUAUCUUUCUAGGUCUGUCAACAUGGUUUCGAAGCUAUACUCCGUCCAGUACUAUAUGUCGAUGGGUACAACCAAAUACAAUUGGGUUUGUAAAACACUUGGUAUUGAGCUUCCUUCACCAAGAACCCUUCAAAUGAAAAUUCAAAAUAUUUCAUUUAAUCCAGGAAUGCAAAUUUAAAAACUAAUCAAUAUAGGACUCAUCAUGGUCAUAACUAGAAUUUGAAAUUUAUUCUAUACUGAAGUUGCA